GUUGACGCGUCGCCUAAAACCCUCGUACGUUGGUUCUUGUAUCCGGAAGACCGGUGAAACCCAAAUUGCUCUCUUUUUCUUUCGGUCUCUCUAAACUAAAGAAAGCAUUAGAAAAAAGAGAAGUUUUUAGGGUUUUGCGAUUGAGAAAAAUAAAAAUGGGAAGAGAGGUGGAUGUGCAGUACACGGUGGAGCAGCUGGUGGCGGUGAAUCCUUACAAUCCGGACAUCCUUAAUGAUCUGGAGAACCACGUGAACGAGCAGGUGUCGUCUCAAACAUACAGCCUUGAUGCAAAUCUCUGCCUUCUUCGCCUUUAUCAGUUUAAGCCAGAGCGAAUGAGCACCCAAAUUGUGUCCCGCAUCUUGGUUAAGGCACUGAUGGCUAUGCCAGCUCCGGAUUUCAGUCUAUGUCUCUUUUUGAUUCCAGAACGAGUGCAAAUGGAGGAGCAGUUCAAGACUCUUAUAGUUCUUUCACACUACUUGGAGACAGGAAGAUUCCGUCAAUUCUGGGAUGAAGCAGCUAAGAGUCGUCACAUAGUUGAAGCUGUGCCAGGUUUUGAGCAAGCAAUACAAGCCUAUGCAAUUCAUGUCCUUUCCUUGACUUAUCAAAAGGUCCCCAGACCUGUGCUCGCUGAGGCUAUCAACAUUGAAGGUCUGUCCUUGGACAAAUUCCUUGAGCAGCAGGUAGCAAAUUGUGGUUGGAUUCUUCAGAAAGGUCAUGGCAGGGGCCAACUCAUUGUCCUACCUCGCAAUGAAUUCAACCAGCCUGAGCUAAAGAAAAAUGCGGCAGAUAGCGUCCCGUUUGAGCACAUUACUCGUAUCUUUCCCAUUCUUGGAGGUUGACCUUUCUGCCAGAUGCUAAGAAUCAUUCAGUUCUGUUGCAUGUUCUCGGCGGAAGCUUUGGGAUUCUGGUGCCGUCCUCAUAUUCUCCCUUCAUGUUUUUGAGAUGCUACCCUUUGGAGCACUGCUUUUAACUCUUUUUUUCUUGUAUUUUGGGAUUAUGUUGAAAAAUUAAUUUAUGCUGCUCGAAUUAAGGCGUUGA